UAUAUGCUUGUUUUAAUAUUAGCGGGGUGCCUGUACGUUGCGGGGGGGGCGACGUAAACAGAGCGGGUCGCUGACGUAGAUCAGCAAAGAUGGCGGAUCCUACAGUUAUGGGCAGUGGGUCCUUAAACGCUGCCAUGCGUUCAGGUGGGGGGAAAACGACUUCCAGUCCUGCAGAGAAUUACUGCCUGGCUCGAAGGCGGACCUUGCAGGUGGUGGUCAGCUCGCUGUUGACAGAGUGUGGCUUCGAAAGUGCUGAAAAGGCAGCGGUGGAGUCACUCACGGAAAUGAUCCAGAGCUACAUCUCUGAAGUGGGGCGGUCCGCCAAAGCGUACUGCGAACACACAGCGCGGAGCACGCCAACGCUGUCCGACGUGGUGGUCACACUCGUCGAGAUGGGUUUUGGUGUGGACGCUUUACCCAUUUAUGCCAAAAGGUCACAGAGGAUGGUUAUCACAGCACCUCCCGUGACAAACGCCCCCGUGGUGCCCAAGGCUCUGGUGGCGGGACAGAAGCGGCAGCACCCUUCACACAUCCCCUGCUACUUCCCCGAGUUCCCAGACCCCCACACCUACAUCAAGACCCCGACGUUUCGGGAGCCGGUGUCUGACUACCAGGUGGUGCGGGAGAAGGCCGCCUCUCAGCGGCGGGAUGUGGAGCGUGCGCUCACCCGCUUCAUGGCCAAGACGGGCGAGACGCAGAGUCUCUUCAAAGAUGACAUCACCGCCUUUCCAUUGAUCGCUGCACGGCCAAGCUCCAUCCCCUACCUGAACGCCCUCCUGCCAUCUGAGCUGGAGCUGCAGACGCUGGAGGAGACGGAUUCAUCAGAGCAGGAUGAUCAGACUGACAACGAAAACACCCCUGGCAACAUAAUUAACGAUGAACCUGGAGCUGAUAAGGAGAACUCUGUGCUGCCACCUGGUGGAGUGGUGCCCGCAGUGAAGGCCAGCGAGGAGAAUAUGAUUGACAACCCAUAUCUGAGGCCAGUCAAGAAGCCCAAAGUGAGGAGGAAGAAGUGAGAGCUGAGGGCGGCUGAUGGACUCGCGCAGUGAGAAAGGGGGCCUGCAUGGGGCAUCGCUCCCAAUGACACUCACUCUCUUGCCACGGCGGGGAGUUUCCCAUGGGGCAAACUUCCAGUGCGAUAUAGAGGGAGGUUCCUGUCAUCACCAGCGGCCAGCUUGGUGUUUGUGGUGGGAACUGCAGCUGUUCAGAUGUAUAUUUUUUAUUGGACAAAUGUUUGUCAUUAUGUUGCUUCAAAUGUGAACCAUCCAGACUAUUGUCUCUCUUGUCCAUUACAAAUUUAUACAAUUAGGGAAUAAAUUUAAUUUUGCAAGUUUAUUUUUAUACACUUUCCCUUGAAAUAAGCCUCUCAUGCUUUGCACCCUUUAGUUCUCUGCAGGAGAGUUAACUACUCAUUUUUAAAAGUCAAAAUUGCUAAAUAACACAAACGAUGCACAUCUGAAGGGCAGUUUUUACAAUCUCUUUAAGGAAGAGCUGUCCUUUCCUGUUACAGGCUAAAUGAGAGGCUUUCUGAUCUACCUGUACAUAUGUGUUCUAGGGCGUUGUCUGCAAUUUUGUAAUAAUUUAAAGUGAUCUGAACUGAAUUUUGGCUUUAACGUGGCUGCCAAAAUGGUUCUUAAGUAUUUUAAUAAAAUGUCCACUACUACUG